AUGUCCGUUUCCGCCCAGGCCGCAGCUCGCUGCUGCAGACAGAUUGUCCGCCCUACCGCUACCCUGCGCCUUGCUCCCUCAUAUCUGUCCCAGCGGACAAUCAGUCGGAGAUGGCAAUCCACCGAGGCGGAGGCCGCUGCUGCCCCUGCCAACCCCAAGAUCACUCAGAUUGUCGACCAGAUCAGCCAAUUGACCCUGUUGGAGACCGCCGACCUCGUGGCCAGCCUGAAGUCCCGCCUUAACAUCCCCGACCUCCCCGUUGGCGGUUUCGCCAUGGCCGCUAGUCCCGCCGCUCCCGCCGCCGCUGAGGAAGACGACGCCGCUCCUGCUCCCCAGGAGAAGACGCUUUUCAACCUGAAGCUCGAGUCCGUCGAGGCCUCCUCCAAGGCUAAGGUCAUCAAGGAGAUCAAGACCCUCCUCGGCCUGUCCCUGGUCGACAGCAAGAAGUUCGUCGAGUCCGUUCCCAAGGUCCUGAAGGAGUCUGUGCCCAAGGAGGAGGCCGAGAAGAUCGUCGAGACCCUCAAGGCUGUCGGCGCCAAGGCCACCAUGGAUUAA